UGGAGACGAAGUUCGGGGACGUGGGUAUUUCCAUUUGUUUUGCACACCGCAGACUGUGUAGAAAUGAGAGAAACCUGAAGUUAAAGUGAUUUAAGUUAACUCCGUAUGUGUACAAACGUGUAUUGGAUGGAUGUGUGAAAGUGAACGGAUGUAAAACUGAAGAUGAGUGUUUGUGGGAAGGAUGAGGAGGGCAGAGCAGGGUCUCCAGUAUCCACCUGUGUGUCUCUGAAGAGUGACAAGUCCAGAGAUAUUCCUCUUGGCUUCAGUAAUGAACCUGCUGGACUAUUAAACACAAAACUGAGGACGGAUGUUUAUGGGACAGAUGAGGAGGGCAGAGCAGCAUCUCCAGUAUCCACCUGUCUGUCUCUGAAGAGUGACCGGUCCAAAAAUAUUCCCCUUGUCUUCAGUAAUGAACCUGGACAAUUAAACACAAGAUCGAAGAUGAAUGUUUGUGGGAAGGAUGAGGAGGGCAGAGCAAGGUCUCCAGUAUCCACCUGUGUGUCUCUGAAGAGUGACAAGUCCAGAGAUAUUCCUCUUGGCUUCAGUAAUGAACCUGCUGGACUAUUAAACACAAAACUGAGGACGGAUGUUUAUGGGACAGAUGAGGAGGGCAGAGCAGCAUCUCCAGUAUCCACCUGUCUGUCUCUGAAGAGUGACCGGUCCAAAAAUAUUCCCCUUGUCUUCAGUAAUGAACCUGGACAAUUAAACACAAGACCGAAGAUGAAUGUUUGUGGGAAGGAUGAGGAGGGCAGAGCAAGGUCUCCAGUAUCCACCUGUGUGUCUCUGAAGAGUGACAAGUCCAGAGAUAUUCCUCUUGGCUUCAGUAAUGAACCUGCUGGACUAUUAAACACAAAACUGAGGACGGAUGUUUAUGGGAAAGAUGAGGAGGGCAGAGCAGCAUCUCCAGUAUCCACCUGUCUGUCUCUGAAGAGUGACCGGUCCAAAAAUAUUCCCCUUGUCUUCAGUAAUGAACCUGGACAAUUAAACACAAGAGAGAGGAAAAGGACUUACGGUGUUGUCAAGGAGCAGCUGUCAUACUGUGGUUUGUGCCAGGAGGUCCUGACAGAUCCUGGGUGUACCAGCUGUAGACCCAGCUACUGCGUGCAAUGCAUUGCCUCUUGCUGGGAAGAAUGGAAAUCAACAGGAGGUGUGUCUCCCCAGUGUGAAAAAAGACCCAGAAUAAGUCCUGAACGGCAGACACCCAGUCCAAACAGCACUGAUUCAUUUGCUGGCAGUCUGCAAGAGGUUUUAGACAAACAUAAGAUCAAUCUCAAAGGAAGAUGUGAAUUUGCAAUCGAAGGAAAUGCUGAAGCAGGACCUCAAGCCCAUCUGAAUGUGAUCUACACUGAGCUUUACAUCACUGAAGGACAGUGUAAAGGAAUUAAUUGCCAACAUGAGGUGUGGCAACUUGAGACAAUAUCCAAAAUGGGGACCCAACAUGACACUCCAAUCAAAUGCCACGACAUCUUUAAGGUCUUACCUGGCCAAAAGAUCAGAGUCGUUCUGACAAGUGGUAUAGCUGGCAUUGGAAAAACCUUAUCAGUGCAGAAGUUCACUCUUGACUGGGCAGAGGGCAUGGCAAAUCAAGAUGUCAGCCUUGUGGUUUUGCUUUCGUUCCGGGAGAUGAACUUGAUCAAAGACAAGCAGUACAGUCUUCUGAGGCUCAUUCAUGAUUUUCAUCCAACGCUGCACAUGGUCACAGCAGAAAGGCUUGCUGCCUGUAAAGUUUUGUUCAUCUUUGAUGGCCUGGAUGAAAGCCAGUUUCUGUUGGAUUUCCAGAACAAUGAAGUUGUGUCUGAUGUCACCCAGACAUCAUCAGUCAGUGUGCUGUUAACAAACCUCAUUAAGGGGAAUCUGCUUCCUUUAGCUCUUCUUUGGAUAACUUCCAGACCCGCAUCAGCUGAUCGGAUCCCUUCUUCAUAUGUUGAUAGGAUAACAGAAGUGCGAGGAUUCAAUGACACUCAGAAAGAAGAAUACUUCAGGAGGAGAUUCAGUGAUGAGUCAGUGUCCGACACAAUCAUUUUGCAUGUUAAGGAAUCCAGGAGCCUUUACAUUAUGUGUCACAUCCCAGUUUUCUGUUGGAUCAUUGCUACAGUUCUGGAGUACAUGUUGACCAGGGACAAAAAAGAGCUGCCCAGGACACUGACUGAAAUGUAUUCACACUUUCUGCUGGUUCAGUUCAAGAGGAAGAAACAGAAGUAUGAUGAGGGGUACGAGAUGAUCCAACCAGAGCUGAUGCAGACGGACAGAGAAGUCAUUCUGAAGUUGGGUAGACUUGCUUUUGAGCAUCUGGAAAAAGGGAACAUUAUGUUCUACCAAAAAGACUUGGAGCGAUGUGGUCUUGAUGUCAGAGAAGCCUUAGUUUUCUCAGGACUGUGCACAGAGAUCUUGAAAAUAGAGUGUACACUCUUUAAAAAAACGAUUUACUGCUUUGUUCACUUAACUAUUCAGGAGUUUCUUGCUGCUGUGUACAUGGUCCACUGCUACCUGAACAAAAACAUAGAAGUUCUGGUGACCUUCUUGGAAGAGGACUGGGAUAAGAAUAGCAGCGACCCCAGUCUGGAUAACUUCCUCAGUAAAGUUGUGGACAAAUCUCUGAACAGUGAAAAUGGCCACCUGGACCUCUUUGUGCGCUUCCUUCAUGGCCUGUUAUCGGAGUCCGACCAUUGUCUCCUAGGAGAUCUACUGGGUUGGACAGCGAGCAGUUCAGAAAACAUCGAGAGAGCAAUAAACAACCUGAAGAAUAUGAAUGCUUAUGAUAUCUCUCCUGACAGAAGCGUCAACAUCUUCCACUGUUUGAUGGAGAUGAAAGACCACUCAGUGUAUCAGGAGAUCCAGGAGUACCUGCAGUCAGACAACAGACCAGAGAAGAAACUCACUAAGACCCAUUGCUCAGCUCUUGCCUACAUGCUACAGAUGUCAGAAGAUGUUCAAGAUGUGUUGGACCUGAAGAAGUACAACACAUCAGGUGAUGGAAGACGGAGAUUGCUCCCUGCUGUGAGAAACUGCAGAAAUGCUCAACUAUCUUGCUGUGGACUCUCUGAGUGGCAUUGUGAAGUUCUGUCCUCAGCUCUGAUGUCCAACCCCUCCCAUCUGCGAGAGCUGGACCUGAGUGAAAAUGACUAUCUUUUGGAUUCAGGAGUGAAGCUGCUGUCUGUUGGACUGUCGAGUCCACAUUGCAAGCUGGAGAUUCUAAGAUUGAGGAACUGCAGUUUGUCAGAAAUUUGCUGCGAUUCUCUGGCAUCAGCUCUGAAGUCCACCUCUUCCCAUCUAAGAGAGCUGGACCUAAGUAACAACAACUAUCUUCAGGAUUCAGGGGUGAAGCUGCUGUCUGCUGGACUGGAGAGUCCACAGUGCAGACUGGAGACUCUGAGGUUAAGUUCCUGCAGGUUGUCAGAGAGCUGCUGUGCACAUAUAGCCUCAGCUCUGAAGUCCAACCCCUCCCAUAUGAGAGAGCUAGACCUGAGUAAAAACAAGCUGAAGGACUUAGGAGUAAAUCUGCUGUGUGUUGCACUGGAGCGUCCUCAAUGUAACCUGAAGAUUCUGAGGAUUGAUAGAUGUGGCCUUACGGAGAACUGCUGUACUUCUUUGGCCUCGGCUCUCAAGUCCAACCCCUCCAGCCUGCGAGAGUUGGAGCUGAGUAAGAACGAUCUACAGGAUGCAGGAGUGAAGCUGCUGUGUGCAGGACUUGAGAGUCCACAUUGUAGACUUGAAGCUCUGAGGUUGAGGUGCUGCUGGUUGUCAGAGAGUUCCUGUGCUUCUCUUGCUUCAGCUUUAAUAUCAAUCCCCUCCAGCCUGAGAGAGCUUGACCUAAGUGAAAAUGAUCUGCAGGAUUCAGGAGUGAAGCUGCUGUCUGAUGGAUUGGAGAAUCCACACUGUAGACUAGAGAUUCUGAUGUUGAAAAGCUGUCACGUCGCAGAUGAAGGCUGUGCUUCUCUGGUGUCGGCUCUGAAGUCCAACCCAUCCUGUCUGCAAGAGCUGGACCUGAGUAAAAACAACCUGCAGGAAUCAGCAGUGAAGCUCCUGUCUGACAUCCAGAAUGGAAGAGAUGGAGUAAACCUGAAGUGGUCCUCUGAAUAAAAUGCAUCUCAUCAUUGGCCAUUAAGUAUUGCCGUUUCUUGGGCUGCCACAGUCACCACAUUACUGCAACACCUCAGUUGUGUCUUAAUAUAAACAAUGAUAGGACAGAGCUCCAACCAUGGAAGCAAUUUUUAUAUAUUUAUAUAUAUACACACACAACUGUUCCUUAAUUCAAAUUUCAUUAAGAAAUCCUGUCUGUCCUGCUUGAAGGAGCCACGAUCAUUUCUGUGUCCUUAAAGAUCAAUACUGCAACCAUAAACAUGACUUCACAAGGCAUUUCUCCCAUUACUAGUUCACUAAAGUCAAAGAGAUAUAAUGUGUUAAUUACUGAUGUUCAUAGGUGAUGGAUUUUGUUACCGCUGGACUGAAACGUGUUUAUAAAACUGCUAUUUCCGUGCUAUUUAAAAAUAUUGUAUAGAAUGUUUGCUGCUUAUAAGUUCGAAAAGGGUUUUUUCAUCAAUGUUUAAGUUAUUUUCUUGAUGCCAGUGUGGAAAAAAUAUGUAUGCAAGUAUAACCUGUUUUGAAUAAGAUGGUAACAGAAAACAUUGCGCCUACAUACUGAAUGUAUCCAGUCAGCUUUUUACAGUAGUUGUAACAACAUGUCAAUCAUCAUUUUCCUCUUUAUAUCCAGAUUACUGCAGUUCUUUAUUCACUAACCUAAAUGCCAACAACUUACAGUAUAUUAGGCCUGAUAACAAAAGGCUACUGAAUGUCUCCGGAGCUUGGCUUAAAAUGAAGGGAGACUGUGCAUUUGCUGCCUGUCCCUGAAAGGAGAUAUUCACAGUUUUUCCAAGUCUGCUUUAAAACAAUAGUCAGGUGCUCCUAUGAAUAAAGGCAUGUAGUUAUGCUAACUGCAAUCAUAUCUCCUGUUCAUACUGGCCAUGAAAAGAUCUCUUUAAAAUGUCAGUCCUCAUUUUUUGCAAAAAUAGCCUAUAUCCAAAGUAAAGUUUUUUAGUGCAUAGUCCACUCUUUUUGCUGCUGAACCUCGACAGGAAACCCAAUUUGUUAUCAUUUGGCUGCUCCACAUUGGAAGUCCACACAGCGUAUCAUCUGCCCAGCCCAACCCUGAACGCAGAUAGAGCCGCAUGCCCUUCCUGGUGCAACACUCCACGUUUAAACAAGGCUCGGUGCACUGCUGAAGUCUCAUAAACUUCAGAUAAACUUUCAAAUACAUUUUUGCACAUGCUGCAGACUUGAUGAGUUUCUUCGCCAAAUUCAAAAAACAAAAAACUUGAAAAAGAUUUACGUACUGUAUAUUCGGUCAGUUUUUGGACUAAUGUAUUUUUUUCCUAUUAUACUCUCAGUGUAAAAAGUUUUGUUGUGUGCUGUUAAGUUUUGUUGUAUUGCCUGUUUGAUGUAUUGUGCUCAAUUGUUUUGACUGUUGUUUUGAAUGUUAUUGGACUAAAAAAAAACAUACUGCA